AUGGAUAACCUUGAUUUUAGCCCAUUGAUUCUUGAAAACCAACAACCUAUUACACUCGAAACUUCUACCGCCAACAACACCAAUACAAUAACUCAACCUAUAAUGCAUCAUCAGGCUAAAUUAGAUGUGUUCAUUAUUAGAGGAUACCAAUUACUUUCCAAUGAAUCCAUUAUAAAUAUCAACUCUUACGUCACGAACUCUCCUCAAACCUCUAACAAUACACCCAUUGGAAGCUCUAAUUUUAUGGCUAAUAAUGAUUCUUCCAGUAUCAAUGUCAUCGAUGCCAUAAUGAACGGACCAGCAACGACCGCACUAGAUAAUAACAACAACAAUAAUAAUAAUAAUAAUAAUAAUGUCGCAGAUCAAAAGAGUCCCACGAACCUAAGUAUAAGUCCGGCAGGAAGUAGUACUAAUAACUCUAAUAAUAACAAUCCUACAUCUGGUAAUCAAUAUUCUCAAUUAUUUAUCACAUUAUCAAAAUUAUAUACAGCAUUUUUAUCUACUCAAUUACCUGAAGAAAGAUCAACAUCACCCAAGUCAGCUAUUGAAUUAUAUCAAAGGUUUUUACAAAUUAUUAAAGAGUUGGAUCUAAGUUUCGAAGUUAGUCCCAAUAAGAGAUAUUUCAAUCGUUUAGAUGAUGGACUAUGGCAAAUUAAAUCAGAAUCAGAAUUAAGCACUGAUGAACUUUGGCAACAAAUAUCUAUGAAGAUUUUACAAGUUUAUGAUCCUCAAAAGGGUACAAUAUUAAAUUCAAAUCGUAAUAAUAAAAAAUCAAAUAAUAACAAUAACAAUAACAACAAUACGACGGUAGUAACUAAUACAACGACAACUAAUAAUUCUACUAUGACAUCACCGACUGAUUUGAUAACAAAUCCAAUAGUAGGGAUGGACGUGAAUUCCAUGUCAACGAGUAUUGACACCAAUGUGCCAGGAAUACUUAAUUCAUUCCCUAAUACUAGUACUAUUCCUAAGGAAAUGCUUCCAGUGACUAAUCCACCUGUGACAACGAAAUCGAAAAGAGGAGGUGCAACGAGAGGAGGUAGAAGGAAAGUUACCAAGACAACUCGAAGAAACAACAAAAAGGAAUCAGUACAACCAACAGCGACAAAUAAUAUGUCUAAUCAACAACCAAUGACAAAUUCCAAUAUAACUAUGAAUACUUUUGAUUCUUCUUCUCUGCCCCAACAGUUACAAAAACGAUUACAAACUAUUUCACAGGAUGUGAAUUCACGUUCUUUGAAUGGUUAUUAUACUCAGCCUACUAGUCCCGGUGCGGGUGCAUUUGAAUUUGGAUUAAUGGAUAAUGAUUUAUAUCCAAAUUUUAAUCCAAUGAAUACAAGUACCAAUAAUCCGAAUAUAGGAGGAGGGGGAGGUAAUACGAAUUCUUGGAAACGAAGGUCACUAGGUUCGUUAGAUGUGAAUACGUUGGAUGAUGAAGCUGUUGAAGAAUUAUUACAAUUGACGAAUUCAAAUAAGAAAUCAAGGAUGAAUCCUAUUGAUCCAACUCCAAAUAAUAAUGAAUCAACCAAUGGCAUGAAUGGCAACAACAACAAAAACAACAACAACAACAACAAUACCAGUACUAACAAUAAUAAUAUCGAUAGCAAAAUUAAUACUCCCGAUAAUAAUAAUAUACGAGUUAACUCUGUUCCGGAGAUGAACAAUAACAAUAAUAAUGAUAAUACUAAUGAGCUAUUUGUAGAUUCUAUGAUUAGACAAUUGAAGAGUUCUUAUGAUGUUGUAAUGAGCGAGAAGGACCAAAGGAUAAAUCAAUUGGAAAGGGAUUUGGAAUUACAAAGACAAGAGACGCAAUGGUUAAGGAAAAUGUUAAUUGAAGAUAUGGGAUGUGUCCGUAGUCUACUGAAAGACAUAAGGAAGUGA